UUCCGUUUCUGCCCCCCCCUCCCUUGAAGAGUGGAGCGUGUGCGUGGUGUCUGUGCCAAGGAUUGCCUUGUCAUUGUAUCCAGAGAGAAACGCGUGGUCAGCGGCACCACCGACAGCUCCACUGCAGUGACUGGUUUGAUGGUGGUGAGUAGAGGCAGACUGUAAGCCAGACAUGGAUACUGAAAAGAGUGGCGAGGUUUUAGAUGCGUCAGAGGCUCCACAGCAAGAGGAGACUGUAAUGGAAAAAGAGGUUGUGUCAAAGCUGGAGGCACCGGAGGAAUCCACAGAGCCUGAGAAGCCACCGGCUGCUGGUGAAGAGACUGAGCAGCUGGCAGUGAAUGGCCAUGAUACAGAAGUCAAAACUUUGAAAGAAACAGAAGAGUUGAUUGUGACAGAAAAUGUGACUCUGUCUGAGGAAAAAACAAAAAUAGAGAUUGAGGACGGCUUGCCUGAAGAAAAGUCUGAAACGGAGCCGGUGCCUGGUGCGGUGGCACCACCACCAGAACCAGAUGAGUCAUCUGAAAAGAUCUCCUCUGACCCAGUUGCAGCUUUAGACGCAGAACCAAAAAACAUUCAGCCUGAACAUCAGCCUAUGCCAGAGAAUGAUCCAGAACCUUUGCCUGUGCAAACGCCUCUGGCAGCGAGUGCCCCUGUACCAGAGCCAGAGAAAUUGGCAGAAUCAGUUCCAGAAGCUGAACCACAAGAGCAAACAUUACCUGAACCAGGCACGCUGCACCAGACACUAGAUUCACAGCCACCCGGCAAGGAAGAGACGGUGUCAGAACAAGUGAAGACUGAAACCGAACUGCAGACUGCAAUGGAUACUGGGGCAAAAGAAGUUACCAAAGAGGGGGAGGCAGAAAACAGUGUCGCAGCUGAGCCAGAGACAAAGGAAGGGAAAGAAGAGAAACCAGCCGAUGCAGAAAAAGUGGCAGAGGCAGUUUUGGUGGCAGAACCAACAGAAGCUGUGACAUUAAAGGAGAAUUCAGCCGAAUCUGGAAAUGUGAAAUCUGUGGAGGACAAGGAGGAGGUCGAACCUGAAAAAUCUGUCGAGUCUGAUAAUCUGAAGGGAGCUGAGGCAGCAGCAGAAGGUGAAGGUGUUAAAUCUGAGCAGAGUAAUGCUGAGGCUGAAAAGGAGGAAGAUACAGCCCCUGCAACUGGAUCUCUGUCCUUUGCCAUCCUGGAGCGAGAGCAGACCAAAGAAGCCCUACGCACCUCUCGUACCCUCGUUGUCCUCAGAGGUCUUCCAGGAAGCGGUAAAAGUUUCCUGGCUCGUGCCAUAGCUGAUGCCUACAAAGACCACUGCUCUAUCAUCUGUGCCGAUGACCACGGCAUAAAGCCAGAGAAUCCAGAAUCAUCUGCGGACGGGUACAAGGCUCUGGAUGAGGCUGUGGUGACCUGCUGCAGUGCUGGAACAGCUUCCUCUGCUCUGAUAGUGGUGGAUGACACCAACCACACCCAGGAUCGGCUGGCCCGCCUGGGGGAGAUUGCUGAGCAACACCACUUUGUUGUUGUCUUCUUGGAACCGCAGACAGAAUGGAGCAGAGAUGUAGCACAUCUGGCCAAGAAGACCAAGCGUGGACUAGAGGCAGCCCAACUGGAAGCCAUGAAAGGUCCACUUGAGGAAAUAUCCAUUCCUCUUUACUUUGGCUGGUUUCUCCUCUCUUCUGUCCAGGACAAGGUCAGGUGCACAUCAAUGGACUUCCUCAAAACACUGGACACCUUGGAGGCUUUCAAGAAACACAUAACAGACUUCACUGGUAAAGCUGAGAAGGAGGUGGAUCUGGAGCAGUACUUUGAAGCCAAAGGAACCCUCCAUUGCACUACAAAAUUCUGUAACUAUGGACAAGCAGAGGGUGCCAAAGAGUAUUCAGAGAUGCCAGCUGUUAAUGAACUCUAUGGUUCUAUGUUUGAGCUGUCUCUGAGCGCUCUCUUUGUCACUCCUCGCACUGUCGGUGCCAGAGUGUCCCUCACUGAGGAGCAGCUUCUGCUGUGGCCAGCCGACGCCGAAAAGGAGGGGGCGUCUGUUGUCCCCGCAGCUGCCUCCCUGCCUCUGGGAAGCCGCGCCCACGUUACUCUGGGGUGUGCAGAAGGUGUUGAGCCAGUUCAAACUGGCCUGGAUCUGCUGGAAAUCCUGGCCCUGCAGCAGGAGGGCCAGCAGGGGGAGCUGGUUGAGGAGAUGGAGCUAGGCUCCCUGACCUACUACGGUGAUGGAAGGUGGCUGCUCAGCCUCAGAGAGCCCAUCUGCGCCCCAGCCUUCUUCUCCAGCUACUAUAAUCGCAAGGAGCAGGAGCCGACCAAAAAAGAACCCGAGAAGAAAAAGAAGUCAAAGUGCACCAUACUGUAAAUGGCAAACACGGAGAUGUGUGGCCGGGAUGACUGGUGAAUUAAAAUGUAGGCUUACUCUGUGCAAGGUUUGUGUGUUUGUGCAGUGUUUAGGGAUUCAGUAAUAGCCACCCUAAAUCCACAAGCUGUGUGCCUUUUUACUGUUGAUUUGCACCACAACCCGAGAUGCCUUCAGUCCAGUUAGGCUUGUUGUUGUCAGCAUUCAGUAUCUUGUUUCACAUAUCAGUGACCAGAGUUGCAGUGCCCGGCUGUUUGCCGAGGUGUUGUUAGCUGCAGUUUUAGGUAGUGUAGGCUCCUCCCACAGCUCCACGGUUAUCUCAAACCUAGAUUUCCUCUUUAUAUUCAUGUCAGUGUUUCUCAGUAUUCAGAUGUAAAUGAUAAACUAGGUACUUUCAUUGCAUGCAUCCCUGGUUUACGGUAGCAACAUAUUAACACAUUUCUGACCUGCGAAAAGUAGCUGUGCCUCUUUGACAGAAUUGUCUGGUGGUUCCUUUGGCUUAGUUGUUAAAAAGGCUAGCUGUAAUUUCUGUGCAAAUAUGUGUGUGUGUGUGUGUGUGUGUGUGUGUGCGUGCGCACGCAGCCUAGGAAGUUAUUGUUAAAUAGCAUAUGGGCCAAAGUUAUCUAUUUGAUUAAGUGUAUUAGAGUGAAUGUCAUUUAUAGAGCAUCUUCCUUGUUAAAUCUUUGCACUGUGCAUAGUUUGAAAGGGAGAGUGCUGAUUGAUUUUGGCAUCUGUUUCAGCAGCUUGCACUUAGUACUUAUCAAAUGCUGUGAAACCAACUCUGUUUUGCAAUCUUUUCUACUGUGCAAGACUGCACCAUUGAUCCCUUUUUAUCCUCUCUGAGCAGCACUUCAUGUAUUGCAUUUCGACUUGUAUCCUCUGUGACUGUAAUUUUUUGAAGGGCAACUCCUACUUUGUGUAGCUCUUAUGAAUCACUAUUUUUGCACUUGUUUUGUACACUUAAUAAAAAAGAACAUGCUUUGCUCCGA